UAACAUGAAAACCUUCAAGUUACUCAAAUGUUGGCCCAAUGCUGACCCCAAUACGUCCACUGUUGCUGAUACUGAUACUGAUAAUGUUCCUUAUUUUGAUUCUGUUAAGAAUUUAAUAUAUGGAAUCGAUUACGUAACUAACCCCGAUGAAGAUUCCUUCUUCGAUUUGGUGUUUACAGGGCCUGAUGGACGCCCUAAAGUAGUCUGUAACUCUAAAUCCGUUAAGCAGAGGAAGAUGGGUGAAUUUGAUUCUCCAAUUGACUCACACUCGAAACCUCAUUCUCCGGUCAGCGUGCUCGGGUCGGGUAUCAAGUUUCGUGUCUUCUUUUUCGGAUUCAGGAAGGAGAAAGCGGGAAUUGAUGAUUCUUCUAUUCCAAAUCCGAAGCAGUUAAACAAGACAAAUUUACCCAGAGGCAGCAGUUUAGGAAGCAAACUGGAGAAAGAGAGGGAGGAGGAAUUUUCAGUUGACGACCCCUCUUCGUCGUCGUCUAAGUCUAAGCGAGCUGCUGAACUAGCCAAGUUUUUGAAAUUGGUGAAGCGUGGAAAUUCCAAAAUGUGCACAGACAAAAUUAGAUUAUCAGAUCAAGUUUCAACGCCAUUGCCAUCUCCGUUCGUGCAAUCAAUUAGCUCAUCGAGAAAGCAAUUGGAUGAAAAACAGGGGAACCGAGUUGCUGCAUUUGGAGCUGUAUGUAAGCACGUUAUGAAGAGCCGAUCGACGACUUCCUCCUUUGCCGGAGUUUCAUCGUCGCUGCCGGCGAUGAAUCGCAGAGAUGAUUCACUACUGGAGCAAAAUGACGGAAUCCAAGGUGCUAUUCUUCACUGCAAGAGAUCCUAUAGCACUGCAUCAAAAGAUUGUUCGAUGUUAUGUACAACUGAAGAUGUAGCACGAACCUCUUAUUAUGAAGAAGAGAGCAGAUGGAGCAUUUGA